AUGGAGACGAACUCGUUGUCGGAGGAGGCGACUAAUCACGCAAGCUUAGCCACGAUAAACUUUUGGAAAGCGAGCAGCAAUGCUUUGAGAUCAGUUAUUGACCCAGAUGGAAAUUGGUUGACUAACCAUGAUCAGGUGACUCAGGUGGUAGUGAAUUAUUUCAAAGAUAGUCUGGGUUCUCAAAAUAUUAGCUAUAGAGAGCUCUCUACUUGUAUUGAGGAGAUUGUUCAGUUUAGAUGGACUGAGGAGUGUUGCCAGGCCCUCCAGUCGCCUAUUGGCAGGAAGGAAGUGAGACGUGUUCUGUUCUCCAUGGAUGGUGGAAAGGCUCCAGGCCGUGAUGGGUAUUCAGUUGGCUUCUUCAAAGGAGCUUGGACAGUGGUUGGAGAGGGCUUCUGUGAUGUCGUCUUACACUUCUUUGAGACCAAUUACUUCCCUCAAGGGGAGCUUGUAAGGGCAUACCAUUUGCACAGAGGUAAACCUCGGUCCACUAUGAAGGUUGACCUCCAAAAAGCUUAUGAUUCUGUUAAUUGGGAUUUCCUCUUUGGCCUGCUGAUUGCCAUAGAUGACUUGAUGAUCUUUUGUACUGCUGAUAAUCAUUCUAUAAGUUUCAUAAAAGAAACUAUUAAGAGGUUUGGUGAGCUUUCAGGACUGUUUGCUAAUCUUGCUAAAAGCUCAAUUUUUCUUGUGGGGGUUAAUAGUUCGAAAGCUUCUCGGCUUGCUGCUAACAUGGGUUUUUCCAUUGGUCAUCUCCCUGUUAGUUAUCUUGGGCUUCCUCUCCUCUCUGGAAGAUUGCGGAGCUCUGAUUGUGAUCCCCUUAUUCAGUGUAUUACCAGUCGUAUUCGGUGUUGGUCUGCUAGAGUGUUAUCUUUUGCAGGUAGACUUCAGCUUGUUCGCUCAGUCCUUAGGAGCCUUCAGGUUUAUUGGGCUAGUGUGUUCAUGCUUCCUAUGAAAGUCCAUAGAGACGUUGAUAAGAUCUUGAGGGCUUAUCUGUGGAGAGGUAAGGAGGAGGGAAGAGGUGGCGCUAAAGUUGUCUGGGAUGAGGUUUGUCUUCCUUUUGAUGAAGGAGGUCUUGCUAUUCGUGAUGGAUCUUCUUGGAAUAUAGCUAGCACGUUGAAGAUAUUAUGGUUGCUACUUGUUAAAUCUGGUAGUUUGUGA